AUGGGCUUGCCCUUGCACUCAGGUGAAGACUACUGGAUCUAUCGUUUGCCGGGACACAGCAACACCAUCACCAAGCUGGCCUGGACCGCGCGGCGAUGCGUUACGCUCUUCAACGAUAUCAUCAGAAGACCUCACACUCCCCGGGAGCCAGAGAUUAGGUGGUUGAUUGGGGCUCUCAACAUCAAACUGCCACAUAAAGAGGUUCCUGCGGAGGAAUCCGGUUCAGACCAAGAGGAAGAGGGAUCUGAAAGCGAAGCUGGAACAGAAGAUGAGGUACUAGAAGACCUACACACAGGUUACUUGACAGGAGGCUUUGAAACUUUCAUGUUGAAGCCCGUGCUUCCCGGAACCUUUAGGUUUGACGGAUGA